UUAAAGUAAGUAAAAAUAAACAACACAUUAUCAAGCCAGCAAAUGUUUGCCCUGUGUUAUCGUCAUCUUUUACUCUGAGUCCUCAGAGUCCAAUGUCUUUUAAUUUGUUUUUUCAUUAGGUGGCUUUGAAAUAUGUCACGAAGACCCGGAACAUGAAAUGUUUAUUAAUUCCUGAUCAUCCAAAACCCCUUCCAAAAGAGAUUGCUCUUACCAUCCUAGCAAAUAAAGGUCCCAGCGUGCCAGAGGUCAUCAGCCUGCUGGACUGGCAGGACCGCCCUGACCACUUUGUUAUGGUCCUGGAAUGUCCCUCUCCUUGUGAGAAUCUUGUACAGUUCAUGAGGCGUCACGGUGGAAGACUCAAAGAAGAGAAGGCACGGCAUAUCAUGAGGCAGGCGGCUCACGCUGCGAACGUGUGCUGCCUUCGCGGAGUACUCCACCGUGACAUAAAACUACAUAACCUACUGAUUAACCGGGAGACAUCCGAAGUCAAGCUGAUUGACUUCGGAUGUGGGGACAUGAUGAGGAGUUUGCCGUACAGGUCAUACUCUGGUAUGUAUUAUAUAAUUAAUUUAUCCUGAGCUAAUGGAUACAGAAAAAAAAUCAUGUUGCGUUAAUGCAAACUUACACAUCAGACAAAACCUCUUUUCCUCCAGGAACAGCGGUGUACUCCCCUCCAGAGUUCCGUGUCAGGGGGAUGUACAACGGGAGGCAGGCGACAGCAUGGUCACUAGGGGUUCUGAUGUUCGUGAUGCUGUGUGGACAUUUCCCUAGUGGUUGUGAUCUGUUGCUGCUGAAACAGAAGCGCUGGUCCAAACACAACCUGUCAAAAGGUGAGAUCUAAGAAUGAAACAAUUCGCAAUCAUACAAAACAUCGUAACAUGAUCAAAUAGAGCAGAUGUAAAGUUUAAGGUUAUAAUCCGUCUUCUUGUACAGAAUGCUGUCAACUGCUCAGUGCUCUCCUGCAGGACAA